UAAUAGAAAACUUGGAUUGGAAGACAGGACCAUACAUGACUUGGACAUCACCUCUUCGUCUGUGGCCAACCUUGUCGGCGUGUGGUGGCCUUGGUUCGCACGGUUAAAUGGAGACUUCGCCUGGCUACCGCAUCUAGCUCUGACUACGGGAUCAUGGAUACAGGUGGACAUGAAAGAGCUGAAGACUGUUACUGGUGUGAUAACCCAAGGGUAUGAUGGCCCACAGGACAAGUUCUGGAUAACAAGUUACCGCAUUCUUUACAUGGACGCCAACUGGAGAUGGGAUAUCAUAAGAGACCAACAUAACGUAACGACUUUCCCCGGGAAUACGGAUGCAGCUAUACAGAAGACGAACAUGUUUGAGAGACCCAUCGUCGCGCGGAUGGUACAGCUCCACCCGGCGACUUGGCACGGACUCCCGGCUCUCAGGAUGGAGCUCCUGGGAUGUGACUUUAACGGACCAGCUGACAGCAACAGUACGGCCUCGCAGUCUAACUCUGACAUGAGGACAAGGCAGCCUACGUCAUCAGCACAGGCUUUGAUUUCCAAGAAUGGCGCCAGCGUUGGCGGUGCAGUAGCAGCUGGGAUCGCUACUCUUAUCACUAAGACCCUCUACGGUAGCCUCGCAACAAUCUGGCAUUGGUGAUGAAGCCUACUGGUACAAAGCACCGCUUAGCGGAAUUAUGAGGAACUGCAUCUUGCUAUGUAUCAAAGCUGGGUGUCUAAUCUUGUCACCUAGCGUUGAACUGUAGCCUACAAAUUACCAUGAUAGCUUAUAUACUUUUUGAACGUGAACUUCUCCUUUGAAGUUUUCAUUUGCUCCUUAUGCAAUGAUAGCCAUGUAUUUUUGUACAAAUAUCCGCAUUUCUUUGCCAGUCACAACUGUAUGUUUAACUAAUGGUAGCUGGACUCUUUGCAAUUGUUUUUCUCUUCUUUUUACAUAUUCACUUGUGCUUAGUAACGAUGGAACACAAUCAAGAAGAUUGUCAUACAUUGCAGUUCUUGGUGAGGAAUAUCCAUGAAUAAACUGACCGGUCAUUUUGAAACAUUGUAAAGAUGUAAUCACAAAUGGAAGCAAUCUGAGGAUAACUUGAUUGAAGAAAUUAGAAAUAUGAAAUUUUCUGCUUAAUAAAGGCAACUCCCUUUACUUCUGUAC